AUGGCACGAGCCAAUGGGGAGUAUCCAUAUCCCCUCCGGCUAUCAUCACCGAUUUUCCACAUCACCCCCGAUUCUCCAUGGCGCACUCAAAUAAGUGCAACAUGGGAAUAUCUUCUUCAACAUUACCACGUUGCCGCUAACCCGAUCCUCGGCUCUCAGGUCGACAUCUUACUUGCACCGCAUUACACUCUGCACGACCUCCGACGGAUCGCUUCCUCCGCCAUCCGCUUCGAACCAGCCAUCGAGGCUCUCCUGCCUGAAAAUCCACAUCGGCAUCCAGAAACCCAAGGCCCUAGGAACCCCGGCGCAAGAAGCAAUUGGCUCGAUAGCCCUUCUCUAGCGCGUCAGGGAAAGUCACGAUAUCAAUCCAUCGCCGCCAUCGAGAUAGCGCCGGACAAAGAAAGCGUGAUCCGGCUAAUGACCGGAACGAAGAACGAAACGGAGCCCUGGUCGAAUCGAAGCUACGCAUGGAGCUUUCUCGACCUCUUUGAGCACAACAUGAUCGGCUUCCGCAAACAGCCUACACCGUUAAAUGCUAACGGUGUCCUCGACUGGGCAGAAUUCCUCAUAACCUUCAUCCGAGCCGCCGUCCACUUCGGCUCUGGCGUAUCGCUGAGGGGAUUUGUCUCCGAUCUCAGAGGGCUGCGCUCAUUUUUGGCUGCGGUACCCAGUGUAGCUGGGGUGAAUGAGCCGAGACGAUGGCAGACACUGUGGGCAGGAAAGCAGGCGAAUGCCGCGGUGGAACCGGCGCCGUAUUGGGGCCCGCCAUGGGAGAGGGUGGACUCAGCUGAAUGUAACAGGGUCAGGACGAGAUUGAGGAAUGAUGUGAAUCGGAUAAGGGGGGAGGGGGGUAAUGUGCUUGGAUAG